AUGGAUGAGGAUCAACCCAUUGAUGACAACCUGUGCAACUCUCCGGAAUGCACCAAUAAAGCCAAACUGCGUUGUCCUACGUGUAUCAGACUGAAAUUGAGGGAUUCCUACUUUUGCUCUCAGGAAUGUUUCAAAAAUAGCUGGGCAUUUCACAAACUGAUUCAUUUGGCCUUUACUGGGUCUCCAGAACAGUAUAAUCCAUGGCCAUAUUAUAACUUUACCGGGUUAUUACGUCCAGCACCAAUGGGACAAAAACGCGAGGUUCCGGAUACUAUCAUGAAACCUGAUUACGCAUUUCGUGCAGAUGGCAUUUCAGAAGGCGAACAAAUUGCACGAAAUAUUAAUAAGAUUAAGGUGCUCGACGAUGACGAAAUAGGGAGCAUGAGAACAGUUUGUAAACUAGCUAGAGAAGUGCUGGAUGAAGCAGCUCAGGCUUGUGAACCCGGUAUAACCACAGAUCAAAUCGAUGCCAUUGUGCACGAAGCUUGUAUUGAAAGAGAUUGUUACCCCUCUCCUCUUGGGUAUCAUCAGUUUCCAAAAAGUGUGUGCACAUCGGUCAAUGAAGUCAUUUGUCAUGGAAUCCCAGAUAUGCGAAAACUUGAGAACGGCGAUAUUUGUAAUGUCGAUGUGACAGUAUAUCAUCGUGGCUUUCAUGGUGAUUUAAACGAAACAUUUUUGAUCGGUGACAAAGUUAAGGAAGAUACGAGGAAAUUGGUGAAGGUUACAUAUGAAUGCUUGCAGCAUGCUAUCGAUCUCGUUCGUCCGGGUGUACGCUUCCGUGAAAUCGGCAAUGUUAUCCAGAAACAUGCAAAUGCGCAUGGCUUCUCGGUGGUUAAGACAUACUGUGGGCAUGGAAUUCACAGGCUUUUUCACACUGUGCCGAAUGUACCACAUUAUGCAAGUAGCUUUUGGUUAUCCUUUCUAGAAAACAAAGCGACUGGAGUUAUGAAAGCUGGCAAUACAUUUACCAUCGAGCCAAUGAUUAACGCUGGUGGCCAUAACAACGAACGUUGGCCAGAUAAUUGGACCGCUGUCACCAGUGAUGGGAAGCCAUCGGCACAGUUCGAACAGACAUUGUUGGUAACUGAGUCCGGAUGCGAUGUGUUGACAGCUCGAAGUACGGGCCGGCCUUGGUUCAUGGAUCAAUUGAAAAAAAGUUAUUCCUCUGAUUAG